AUGUCAUCAUUGCGGCAGAGUCCGCUGCCCACGCUGCAGGCGCUCAGCGCAUCGUUCACCGAGCUCUCGACGAUUCUUCAGCCGCUACUGGCGCACAAUUACGAGGCACUCAACGCCGCGCUUCAGGCCAACAGCUCCUCGAGCGCAGCGACAAAGACAGACGCGGCGGACAAGGGAGAGGAUGAACUGCACGGGAGGCUGGAUGCUGCGCGCAUGCAGGUGUCGGUGGCCUACGUGCUCAUGGACCUCGUGUGGAUCCUGCUCAAGACAAAGGGCGUCGACCCGACCAACCACCCGGUCAUGCAGGAGCUCGAACGCGUAAAGAGCUACUUUGGCAAGAUCAAGCGCGUGCAGGACGACGAGAAGGAGCCCAAGGAGGAGCAGAAAGGGUCGAGGGUUGACAAGAGCGCGGCGGGAAGGUUCAUCAGGGCCGCACUGGCUGGUGAACCAGGGUCCACGCCGGGAAAGCACACAAAGUUCGAUGAUGAUGCAUCCCCCGCCAAGCAGGAGACGAAGGAAGCCGAGAAGGACGCCGCAGUGGAGGUGAAGACGACGCCAGCGGGGAAAAAGAAGCGCCCGGCGAUGGACCCCUUCGAGGGCUACGACAAGCCCAAGACUCCCAAGUCCGCCGCGAAAGAGACGGACAGCGCGUCCUCAUCGCCGGCCAAGAAGAAGAAGAAAAAGUCGGCCAAGUAG